CACAAUAAAUAAGAAUUCAAAAGUUGAAUAACUAAAUUGGUAUCAUCUAAAAUCAAUGACUGAACUUAUAAGGAAAUAUAAAAAAUAAAAUUACUUCUUUGGUAAAUGAAAACACAAAAAAAAAACGUGAAUGGUGACCAAUUAGAGAAGUUUUUUUAAAGAAAAAGUACACACAAUGACCGCCCAUGGAACCUGUCUAACUCCCUCCUUGCAAUGAAGAAGUGGGAUGAGGAAGGAAAGCAUGAAGAUCUGGAUCUACCAACAGUGACUACUUGGGUGCAGAUCCAUGACUUGCUGCCACAACUCAAGCAUGAUUCUACUGUCGAAGCCAUAGCCUCGUACAUCUUCCCCAAAUUCCAUAGGGUGGACAGAUCCUCGCUGGAGCACAAAGGAUGGAGACGUUUUAUUAGAGUGCUGGUGGAAGUCGAACUAGAAGAACCAGUCCCAAUCGGAUUUGAAUAUCUAGAAGGAGACAAAUCCUUUUGGGUAAGCUUCAACUAUGAGAAGGUGAAUGAACUUUGCUACUUAUGUGGUAGGAUUGGACACCAGAUCCACAAGUGCAACAUUAGAGAAGAGCAUAGGGAAAAAAGACUAUCCACUAAGGCGUCGAAGAUCUACACGGCAGCCUUGAAAGCGGGGCGUGAAUCGCUGGCAAGCUCCCAUCCACCGUCCUUCAACCAGAAAUAGCAUAUUGAGUUGGCCGGAGCAAGCUCAUCCCAGGGGGACUGGAAUACGACAUCCUAGGAGCUCAUGGGGAAACAUCCCCAACGACUCUUUCUCUUGUUAGAGGGGGAGCAUCCACAUCCUGCCCACCAAGAUUUGAAGGGAGACACCUUCUCACACCCAGAUCAAUGACUGACACUGACAUCUUCCUUCAUGGAGACUUGAGAACGAGGCACCAGCUGUGCACACCGAGAAGGCUGGAAGAAGAUUUGGAUGAGGUAGCUGUUGCGGUCCAGAGAUCCCUUGAUCUCAACUGGGGGUUUUAGGGAUACAGAGGGGAGUCAGGGCAGAUAGGGUUGGGGAGUGGGCUCUCACUUGCCCCACCCACACACAUGGCCUUCACAGAUCUGAGUAGCGGUAGUGGGCCUCAAACUAGGGGCAAUAGCCCACCGCUAACAAUAGUCCAGGAAGCCCAGCGGAACUUUGAAUGCAUGAUGGGUCGGGCCGAGAAGAAAAGAAGACCAGCUGACAUCUAUGCUGUGGAAACCAUGGAGGCUGAGCCCAACCAGCCUUCUUCUUUGGUGGGAAAUUAUCUAACUUUUAAUUUGGGUCCUUUUUUGGUGAGAAAUAGAGGAAGAAGAUCUCAGCAAGGAGAAAAUCCCUUCCGGCGGAAAACAUGGGAAAACAAAGAACUCAGAGAAGGAGAUACUACCUCUUCACAGGCGGCGGUGGACAGCCUGAAGCCACCACACCCCAACUGAAGAUCAUGAGCUGGAAUUAUAGGGGGUUUGGCCUACCCCCCUACUCGAAGCUACUGUAAGAGAUUUUGUCGGCAGUUUGGCCCGUCAAUUUUGUUUCUCAUGGAGACCAAGAAAGACUCAACUUUCAU